AGUUCUUACGUGCGCACCCCCCUCUGCUGCCUUAUUACACAUCAGGUGUUUAUGCAAGAGGUUGAGAACAAGUGAGGACAUCAAGUGAAAGAAAUACAGUUUUGAGCAAGAAGAGGAAAGUUAACUUUGGCAAAAGUCUCGAGGCGAAUGUUGUCCUGGCUGAAUUACUUACCUGCAGAUUUCUUCAUCUGAAGAGGACGUUUGGACAUUUUUGGAGACCUCUUCGUCCUGUGCGAUCGCCAUGCCUUCCUACACAGUGACUGUUGCCACGGGGAGCCAGUGGUUCGCGGGGACUGAUGACUACAUCUACAUUACUCUGGUGGGCACGGAGCGAUGCAGCGAGAGGACGCUGCUGGACAAGCCUCUGUACAAUGACUUUGAGAGGGGAGCGGUCGACUCCUAUGACGUGAGAGUCGAGGAGAACCUGGGCGACAUUGUGUUGGUGAAGAUCGAGAAGAAGAAGUACUGGAUGCAGGACGACUGGUACUGCAGGUACAUUACGGUCAAGACCCCGUCUGGAGACUACAUAGAGUUCCCCUGCUUCCGCUGGCUGGUGGACGACAAGGAAGUGGUGCUGCGCGACGGACGAGCACGUCUGCCUCAGGACGAUAAGACGAGCCUGGUGAAGCAGCACAGACAAAAAGAGCUGGAUAUGAGGAGGAAAACCUACAGGUGGAGAGAGUGGCAGCCAGGUUUUCCAAUGAGCAUAGAUGCCAACAGGCACAAGGAUUUGCCCCGAGACAUCCAGUUUGACAGCGAGAAGGGAGUGGACUUCGUACUGAACUACAGCAAAGCAAUUGAGAACCUGUUUGUGAACCAGUUCAUGCACAUGUUCCAGUCGUCCUGGAGUGACUUUGCUGACUUUGAGAAGAUCUUUGUGAGGAUCAAAAACACAAUCUCAGAGUAUGUGAUGCAACACUGGAAAGAGGAUUUCAUGUUCGGAUACCAGUUUCUCAAUGGCUGCAACCCUGUGGUGAUCCAAAAGUGCACGAAACUUCCUGAUAAGUUUCCCGUCACCCACAAGAUGGUUUCCGUCAGCCUAGAGAGGGAACUGACCCUGGAGCAGGAAAUAGAGGCAGGCAACAUGUACAUAGUGGACUACGAGGUGUUAGAAGGCAUCAGUCCGAACUGCACGGAUCCGUGCACACUGCAGUACCUGGCAGCUCCCAUCUGUCUGCUAUACAAGACAGUUCAGAACAAGAUUCUGCCCAUAGCCAUACAGCUGGGCCAGAAUCCAGAAGGAAACCCCAUCUUCCUGCCCACUGACGGCCAGUACGACUGGCUGCUGGCUAAGAUCUGGGUGCGCUCGGCCGACUUCCAGCACCACCAGACCAUCACACACCUGCUCAAGACACAUCUGAUCACGGAGAUGUUUGGUAUCGCCAUGUUCAGGCAGCUUCCUGCCGUCCACCCUGUGUAUAAGCUUCUUAUCCCGCACAUUCGUUUUACCAUCGCUAUCAACACCAAGGCGAGAGAGCAGCUCAUCUGUGAGUGCGGCAUCUUUGACAAGGCUAACGCAACAGGUGGAGGAGGUCACGUCCAGCUGGUCCAGAAGGCCAUGAAGACCCUGACAUUCAGAUCCCUGUGCUUCCCCGACAUGAUCAAAGCCCGCUGUGUGGACAGCAAGGAGGAGCUGCCCACCUACUUCUACAGGGAUGAUGGGUACAAGGUGUGGGAGGCCACGAAGAAUUUUGUGUCGGAUGUGGUGUGUAUUUACUACACCAGCGAUGAGAAGGUGCGCGGAGACGAAGAAAUCCAGGCCUUCGUUAAAGACGUGUGCAGCUUCGGCAUGCAGGACUUCGAUCACUGCGAGUUUCCCAAGUCCUUGAAGACACGUGAAGAGCUGAUAGAGUAUCUGACCAUCAUCGUGUUCACUGCUUCAGCCCAGCAUGCCGCUGUCAACUUCGGACAGUAUGACUGGUGCUCCUGGAUCCCCAACGCUCCAUCUACCAUGCGGAGACCCCCGCCCACAGAAAAGGGCCUGGCAAAUGUGAACCUGAUCAUCGAGAGCCUCCCCGAUCGCGGACGCUCCAGCUGGCACCUGGGGGCCGUCUGGGCUCUCAGCCAGUACCAGGAGAACGAGCUGUUCCUGGGCAUGUAUCCUGAUGAGCACUUCAUAGAGAAGCCAGUGAAGGAGGCCAUGGAGAAGUUCAGGAAGCAGCUGGCAGAGAUAACCAGCGCCAUUAAGAAGAGGAACGACGGAAAGAGGCUGCCGUACUACAACAUGUCUCCUGACAAAAUCCCAAACAGCGUUGCUGUUUGAAGGGACAUGAUCUCGUCUCCGCUUAUUAUUUUUCAAAAGGCCAGUUCUGCUGUUGUUGCCGAGGUGUCCAGAUGUGCUGCCAGAAAACUCCUCGUCACCCGAGUGUAUAAUUGCAAUGCUCGAACACCAGACGGUUAUUUUGUGUAUAUUUGUGUUGUUGUUGUGUACUUCAAAAACAAUGCAGUGCUUCAAUGUUUGGGGUCCUUUUUUCACGGCAGACGCUUUGUCUUGUCCCAGGAGGGUGCACCAAUGAUAGUUUCUUAGUAACUCCUUACAGUGGGCCAGUAAGCACCAAAACAAGACCUCCUCUGAGUGAAAUGGAGUCAUUACUAAUUUACCGGCGCUUUGUCUUUUUCCUUCAAAACGUUUUCCAUGAUGAAGGCCUAUUGAGAGCUAUUACUUAGCAAAGUGGGGGCUGAUGAUCGCAAACGAGCCAAACAGGUUCUUGACCGCGCUCCAGGUUUUUAUUGUUGUUUGUGGACCAUGUUGAAGAUCAGAAUUUGUCUGCAUAAUAAACAUGAAAGCGGCCGUCAUUUCAUUCACAGUGCUUUUAAGUGUAACAAGCAGUCACAACGCCUGUAAUUUACACAGUCUUUUUUCACCACAUAAUUGGGUGACAAUUAGUUAAAGUUUGUUUAUAUUGCAAGCACUAAUAGUGCUGCACCUCAACUCAUUUCACAUCCUUUUUAAACAAGUCAUGCAUGCGGCCCGGGGGACAAAACUAACCCACUAGAGUGUCUGAUCUGACUCGCUGGAUGAAUUUGUAAUCUGUAGAAAUUACAUUGAAAACAUGAACUGCAAUUUUUCAAUAAAAGUAACUGCUGUUCUUAACUUGUCCACUAGGGGUCACACUGUUUAAGUAACACUGGUGGACAUAUUCUUUUCAUAAAAUGCCUUGUUAAAGGAGUUCAUCAUUAUGUAAACAUUCACAUAAACACAAGAAACAUUUGGAGUUGCUGCUAUUUAUUAAUAGGUUAUUAUAUUAUGUUAAUGGUCACAUUGUGCUGUAUGUGGCCUGUGGACUAAAAAUGAGCUUGAUGCCAGUGGUUUAGACUAAUAACGCAUGACUGUGUAGGGAUACACACACACAAAAAUAAAAAGAAGAAGAGAGAGAGACAAAAUGUUAAAAGUAACAUAACUUUUAUUUGGUUGUUCUUUUAAAUUCUACAUAUUUGUUCAAACGUGGGAAUUUAACUGAAAUCACAUCAAUAUUUCUUUUAAAAACAUAAGUACAUUUUUUUAUUAUUUUUUUUACCAAAUUUUUACAGUUACUAUUUCAAAGUAAAUUCACAGACAAACUUGUGGAAUGAUAUAAGACAGGGGAACAGUCAUAUAUGUUCAAGUCCAGUCAGUAGUAAACAAAUGUAGCUUUUAUGCAAGUUACACUAUUCCCAGACAUGGAAAAAAAAACAAAAAAACAAUAUCCAGAUUUAACUCUAACAAUGCUGCAACAGUGAGGCCCUGUAGUUUCUUCACCCCAAAACCAUUAGAGAAUUAAAGAAAUUGCUUCAUGGUGACAGACAUUAAUGAAGUAAAAGCUGUGCUUGGAGAGUAAGUGGCCUCAAACUUCAUCAGAACUACAAAAUUUCUGCGUCAAACUUCAUGAAAGGAGCCAGCUCCUAUGAGUAGUUAA